UAUGAAACAAUGCCGUUUUGGGCCGGUUAAUUCCAUUUGUCUACAGUGAAUCUGCGGAGGUCUUCUUGACUCUGACAUGAUUUAAUAUCUGGAAUUUACUUAACUACAUUUAUAACAAUUCCGAAUAGUUUAAAAGGCAACUUGAGCAUCAUGGCGGUAAACUCCAUCCACUGGUUUCGUAAAGGACUACGUCUCCAUGACAACCCCGCACUGCUGGAGGCAGUGAAGGGGGCGGACACCCUGCGCUGCGUCUACUUCCUGGACCCUUGGUUCGCUGGGGCGUCAAACCUGGGCGUCAACAGAUGGAGGUUUCUGCUGCAGUCUUUGGAGGAUUUGGACUGUAGUCUUCGUAAACUCAACUCCCGUCUGUUUGUCAUCCGCGGUCAACCAGCUAAUAUCUUCCCUCGGCUAUUUAAGGAGUGGAAUGUGUCUCGACUGACGUUUGAGUGUGACUCAGAGCCGUUCGGGAAGGAACGAGAUGCAGCAAUAAAGAAACUGGCAUCUGAAGCGGGAGUAGAGGUCAACGUCAAGAUCUCACACACGCUCUACGAUCUCGACAAGAUAAUAGAGUUGAAUGGUGGUCAGACUCCACUCACGUACAAGCGUUUCCAAACUCUAGUGAGCACCAUGAGUCCUCCAGAACCUCCAGUAGAACCUCUGACCAAAGAACUCAUGAAGAACUGUGUCACACCUGUCAGUGAAAACCACAGAGAGAGAUACGGAGUGCCCUUACUGGAGGAACUGGGGUUUGACACUGAGGGUUUGGCUCCUGCCGUGUGGCCUGGAGGAGAAUCAGAAGCUCUGACUCGCAUGGACCGACACCUCGGGCCCGAAUCUGCUGCGGUGUGGCAGGAGAACUUUGAGCGACCAAAGAUGAACUCCAGUCCUCUGUUGGCAAGUCCGUUGGGUUUGAGUCCAUACCUGCGAUUUGGCUGUCUGUCCUGUCGCAUGUACUACUACAAACUCACCGAACUCUACAAGAAGGUGAAGAAGAAUGAAAACCCGUCCAUCUCGCUCUACGAUAAGAUCUUAUGGAGGGAGUUUUUCUAUACGGCGGCCACUAAUAACCCGCGCUUCGACCGGAUGGAGGGAAACCCCUUCUGCAUCCGCAUCCCGUGGGAUAAGAACGCAGAGGCGCUGGCCAAGUGGGCGGAGGCUAAAACGGGUUUCCCUUGGAUCGACGCGAUCAUGACACAACUGCGUCAGGAGGGCUGGAUUCAUCAUCUGGCGCGUCACGCGGUGGCGUGUUUCCUGACGCGAGGAGAUCUGUGGAUCAGCUGGGAGGAGGGCAUGAAGGUGUUUGAAGAGCUGUUAUUGGACGCAGACUGGAGCGUAAACGCGGGCAGCUGGCUCUGCCACUCCUGCAGCUCCUUCUUCCAGCAGUUUUUCCACUGUUACUGUCCCGUCGGGUUUGGACGCAGAAUCGACCCCAACGGAGACUUCAUCAGGCGUUAUUUACCUGUCCUCCGGGAUUUUCCAGCAAAGUUCAUCUAUGACCCCUGGAACGCUCCCGAGGACGUGCAGAUCGCUGCCAAGUGUGUGAUCGGAGUGGAUUACCCCAAACCCAUGGUGAACCACGCCGCGGCGAGUCGACUGAACAUCGAGAGGAUGCGACAGAUCUACCAACAGCUGUCCAGAUACAGAGGACUCAGUCUGCUCGCCACUGUGCCGUCCAACCACAUGGAGGAGAUGGACGUGAAUGAAACGAGAGGAGCAGCAGCGCCCCCUACACGCCGAAGGACACACAGGGUUGGAAGAGAGCAGAGGGGCGGUCACGAGCAGCCCGGACUGAGCGGAGCGAAACACCAACACGCUCUCGGCCACCGUACGUUGCCGUACACCACGCAAAGUAACCAGACAGGCCACGCCCACGCGUUCGCCGUCCCACAGCAACCGGGACGUCUGACUUGGCCGGCUUGGGGCGGGACGGGAAAGAGAGAAAGGGAGGCGGAGCAUGACUGUUGCCAUGGUGACAAUGGCCCCACCUCUACUCUAAAAGUGCAGCGGCAAGAUGAUGAGAAGAGGCGGGAAGUCCAGGAGGGCGUGUCCUUCUCUUCAAGAGCUCCACCUACUGAUGGAUUUGCAUAAUGUAUUAUAAACGUCCUUAUUGUGUCUACCACAGUGUCAAAAAAAUGAUUGAAAGUUUUAUCCAGUCAGAUUGUGGCAUAAACGCAAUAUUAUAAUUUUUACGACAACUGAAUAUUGCUCACUAAAUGAUCCCAAAUAUUGAUUUUAAAAAUCAAAUGAGAGAGAGAGUUGAUAUCUGUUAUGUAAAUACUAUCCUCACGAGGUUAAGAUCAAACCUAAGGCCCUUUCACACCAAACGCAAAUUGAAAAAGCAAAGCGAAUCACAGACGAAUGAACAUUUAAUUAAUAAUGAAAACUUAAAUUGGAAUUGGUUGUAAAACAUAUUGCUCUAACUCUCAUUGUUUCUAUUUAAAAUCUUGUUUGCACAAUGUUCACAUUUGGCGUGAAAGGGCCUUUAUAUAUUCUUAUAGUCAUUUUAAACUCAGUGUCAUAAACAGCCGAAGAAGAACACACAUUAAUUUAUUCGACGACUACGCCACAUUAAACCGAUUCCAAACUCACUCAGUAUUGCUGAUUGUAAAAAACUGUUUACUCGCCGCUGCUCCAUCGCAUCUCACGAACAUGCUUUGAGCAGGUGUACGUACCGGCAUCUGUUUCCAUAGUGAUGAUGCUUUGUUGCUAGGCUGUUGUCGUCUGGGUCCAAACAGUCUCAUUAAGUUAUUGGUGCUGUAGACUAACGGUGUUAUCUUCUCUAUAACUGACAUUGUAAAAUAGUUGUUUUUGCUUUGAAAUGUUCACGGAAGUUCUGUCGUGUUUUUUGAGCAUUUGCACUGUAAAACUGCACGGCGUGUAGAAUCGGCUCUUUUGCGUCAUGUCACACGUCUCCCAUCGGUCUCUGCACACGGUUUCAUUGUGUAGUCCAGCAUUUUGUAUAUGACAGUUGUGUCUUAUGAAGCUGUACAUUUUUGCCGCUUGGUUUGUCAUUUUUCUACAAAGUAUUCGUAGUCCUUUUGAAUUUUAAAACGAAAUGUGAUGUAUAUCGUACCAGCAUUUGUGUUUCCUAGUCUGUGUGCUUUUCAUCAUUUGACAAAUAAAACUAUUUAAAUACACAAACUGUGUCUUAAUAUUUAAAAACAAAGACUUCUGAUCAUUCUGCUUUCUGAAAGAUUUUCAUCCUUAAAAGCUUUAGAUGCUAUAGCUGUCUGGCGUCUUUUACACCUAAGCACAUGUUUUUAGUUAAUUGUAAAGUUGUCGCAUACCAAAUUACAUAUUUAACCCUUGUGCGACCUUCGGGUCAUUUGUGUCUUUUUCAUUUUUGUUUUUUCGAUCAUUUUGGCUGUGUUAAUGCCAACGGCAUAAAUUUUGCCAAAGGUGUGAAUUUUUGGGGUAAUUUUGAUAUUUCAACCUCAGUUCCUAUAAUACAUCUAUAAUACACUGUGUACACAAAAUAGUUACACUCAGGACCUUCAGGACAAAAAUGUCCCCAUUGAAACCCAUUAAAACUGCAAUAUUUGAUCCCAGUGCCAUUAAAGCAUAAAAUCAUGAAUUCUAUGAUAUUAUACUUUCAUUUCAGAGCCCUGGCUUCAAAAUUUACAUUUUUUAUAUUUUCCACCAGAUGGCGCCAUUUUUCUCAUGUUUAGCCUAUGGAGCAAAUACAAGCUUUUCCCCUAUUUUCUGUUUUCUGUAUUAUAGAGCACUGCAGGACAACUGAAUAAAUGAUGCAGAUAAAAUAGUGUGUGUGUGUGUGUUGGUAUGGAUGUCAGAGUGUGUGUGUGUGUGUGUGUUGGUAUGGAUGUCAGAGUGUGUGUGCGCGUGUGUUGGUAUGGAUGUCAGAGUGUGUUUUGUAUGCAUGUAUGUCUGUGUGUGUGUGUAAAAAAACAACAGUGGCAUUAUGUAAACAAACUGGCAUUUAAAGGUUAAAAUCCUGAAAAUGAAUUAAUAUUUGGUAUUUAUGAUCAGGACUGAUGUUGCUUAAAAAAAAGUAACUCACUGAAAGUGGAAAAUAAUAUUAAUAUAUAAUAUUAUGACAGUUUUUUGACGUGGAUAUUUUUGUCCUUUAAGGUCCUCCGAGUAACUAAUUUAAAUUGACGCACAAAGGUUAAACACCGAAUGUUCAAAUUAAACAUUGCUCUUUGCGUUAAGUUUGUUUACAGUUAGCAAGUCUUGUGUAGCCAGACUUUUGACUAUCUGCGUAAAGUCGGUUAACAUUGCUUAUUAAUAGACCAGCAUGGAAAACAAAUCUAAACAGGGACGAUUAUUUGUUGUUGAGAUUUUCAAAUAAGAUUAAUGGAUACAAGAACAAAAAGCAUUGAAAUAGUCAACGAAAACUACAUUUAGCACCAGAAUUUGCCUCAUAAAUGAACGCACAAAACGUGUUCAAGAGGUCCAUGUCUCUGGAAAGGUUUUAACCAUUGAAAACACUUCCUCGAACAUCUUUCACAUGUCUUUAUUAUAUUCAAAUAUUAAAAAUUGUACUUUAUAAACAGUCUGACUGGUAACACAUAAGAUAUAAGAUGAAAUAUGGGAACAGCUACAAUAAAGAAAUCAUUCAGGGGUACACAAAAUAAGGCACAUCUGUGUUUUGAGGGUCACAAUUAUUAAAUGAGUCUUUGGUUGUAGAAACGGAAAUAAAACAGCAUCCAAAGUUUUCCAGUUAUUAUCAUCGAGCCAAUUUAUGAUUUUGGCAUUAACGUUCUGACAAAAAAAACCAAUAUGCAUUAAAUUGACUAAACUUCCCUUUGUAGAAAUGUCUCGGAUGUUGAUCUGUGAAAAAUUAAAAAUAUCCAUCACCUUUACAUGCAUUUGACCAGCGGUUUUGGUGUCCAACAGUGAGUUCUGAAAUUGAAAACAGUACAAAAAAAACAAAACACAAGAACAGACCUGAAAAAAAGCUCGAAGAGAACUCAAACGGACACACAGAAUGCAAAUACUGCACAGCAAACAAGCAUCAAACGAGUGUUCUGGCUCAAAGGUGACAACCUCGCCAACAUGACAUCAUA